AUGGUUUUGUUCGCGUUCUUGGCCUUGGGCCUGAUCUUCACCUUUCACUCUGCCAGAGCGGAAUCACCGGUCCAGUACAUUGGGACGUUCCCAGAUACUGAUGAAUACCCUCUCCCGAUCCAGGGCAACCUAGAAGCUCAUGAUCCUAAUAUCAUAGUGUAUGACAAUGCCUACUAUGCCUUUCAUGGUGGAAUUGGAGUGCCCUACUUUAGGGCAACCAGCCUCAGCGGACCCUGGGAGAGUCGGGGCAAGGUGUUAAAGGAACCCAGCAUCAUCAAGAAAGGGGCACGAAAGCGCCCGUGGGCUCCCAGCGUGAUCGAAAAGAACGGUACCUUUUAUUGUUAUUAUGCUCUUACGAAGGGUGGUACUCGCCAAAGUGCCAUUGGGGUCGCAACGACGACGAAUAUAGACGAUGGUCCGUGGGAAGACCAUGGUGCUGUGGUAUCCACCGGUUCGUCUGGCCUCAAUUACGACGUGUUUCCGUAUACCGUUUCGAAUGCGAUCGACCCGGCCGUCAUGCAGGAUCCAGCAGACGGAAAGUUCUGGUUCACUUGGGGUAGUUACUGGACCAAUAUUUGGCAGGUCGCUCUGACGGACGACCUAUUAUCCGUUGAAAACCCGAAAUCACCGGAUGCGAGGAAUGUCGCGUAUGUGACUCUGGAUGGGAGAGACAAUGUUAUGUUGAAGCAAUAUCCCGUCGACUAUGAUCCACAGGGGAUCCGUCCGGUCGAAGGUUCUUUCAUGAGUUAUCGAGCACCCUAUUACUAUCUCUGGUUCAGCCACGGGAAGUGCUGCCAUUUCCCGGAGGGCCGCGUCCUCCCGCCAGGAGGAGACGAAUAUUCGAUCCGUGUGGGACGCGCCACCAAUAUCACAGGACCAUACGUCGAUAAGGACGGCAGGAAACUCACUGAGAACGGUGGAACCAUUGUAUACGGUUCCAACCACGGCGAUGUGUAUGCGCCAGGUGGGUUGGGUGUCUUGACGGCAAUAGGCACGGAUCAAGAUAUCCUAUAUUAUCAUUACUUAAAUAAAUCCAUCGGACUGGCUCACAAGGAUGCUCACUUGGGAUGGAACUACCUCGCGUACGAGGACGGCUGGCCGGUUGCUAAGUCUAGCUCUAAUACUUCCACCGAUCCUUCUGAAGAUGGAGACGACUCUAGAUAG